AGGUCGUCGGCCAUUUUGUUGUAGCCUAUAGUCUGCGGAGGGGAGGGGAUUUAGCAAUGCUGGAGUCCUCCAGGGGGGUGUUGGGCUGGAGAGUGCCUGCACACUGAGGAGGAGAUUGUUGCAGUUCAACCAAGGCAGCUCCAAAAUGGAGAAAAGCAGGAGUUGCAUGACUGAAAGGAUUUUGGACCUCACCCUGGAGAUCAUCUACCUGCUAAUCGGAGAGGAAUGCAUUAUAGCGAAGAAGAUAUCUGGUGAUCAAGUGAUGCCCAACAGACCUCUCAGUGUGUCACAAAGAUGUAGCAGAAAACGGAGCCCGAAGAUGGAACCUCCAACUCACUCACUGAUAUCUGAGAGGAACAACGACAAGAAGAUCCUAGAAGUCACCCAGAAGAUCAUAGAGCUGCUGACAGGAGAGGUUCCUAUAAGGUGUCAGGAUGUCACUGUCUAUUUCUCCAUGGAGGAGUGGGAGUAUCUAGAAGGACACAAGGAUCUCUACAAGGACGCCAUGAUGGAGAAGCGGCCGCCCCUCACAUCUCCGGAUGGAUCCAGUAAUGGGAACCCACCAGAGAGAUGUCCUCGUCCUCUGUAUUCCCGGGACUCCACGCAGGAACAUCAGGAGGAUCAGGGCGAUUGUGUCUCUAAUUUGAAACCCACGCAGACAGAGGAGGAAAUGUGUGUGAAUACCGUGGUGCAGCACAAGGGGAAGCGAGUUCCUACAGAUGGAUCCGAAAGCAAAAAUCCUCAACAGCAGCAAUGUCUUCAUCCUUUUAUUUCCUGGAAUUGUGCACAGAAAGAUCACAAGGUCUCCUAUGAAGAUCAGCGUGACUGUCGGUCAAACGAUAAAGCUGUAAACACAGAAAGAGCAGAAGACAAAUUUUUGAUGAUCGAUGUAAAGAAGGAGCGCGAAUGUUGGUUGAAUGUUGAAACUGAAGUCAAAGAGAAAGAAGAAAACAAGAUUUUGAGCAUUGAUAUGCAUAAAAAGCAGCAUUUACAUCAGCCCUAUUAUCAAGCUAAAGCCACGGAAAGGGUACAAAACAAAUUUUUGAGGAUCGAUCUACAGGAGGAGCCUGAAUGUCAGUUAAACAAUGAAGCUGAAAUCAAUGAGAACGAAGGUAACGAGAUUUCGAGGAUCGAUGCGAUGAAUGAGAAGCGCGAUCAUCCUAUGAAUAUUAAAGCUAAAGCCAGAGAGAGGCUACAAGACAAAUUUUUGAGGUUCGAUGUACAGAAGGAGCGCGAAUGUCCGUCGAACUUUAAUGCCAAAGUCAAAAGAAAAGAAGAAAACGAGACUUUGAGGAUUGACUGGCAGAAAGAGAAGCAUGAAGAUCGGUCGAAUGUUAAAGCGGAAGUCCCACCGAGCACACAGGACAAAUUCCUGAGGAUCGACGUACAGAAGGAUCGGGACUGUCCGUCGAAUAAUAAAGCCGACCUCAAAGAAAAAGAAGAAAGGCUUGACAUGCAGAAAGAGAAGCCCGAGCAUCAGUUGAAUGUUAAAGCGGAGGCCACAGAGAGAGCACAAGACAAAUAUUUAAAGAUCGAUCUACAGAAGGAUCGGGAAUGUCAGUCGAAUGCUAAAGCCGAAGAAAAAGAAGAAAACAAGACUUUGAGGAUCGAUCUGCAGAAACAAAAGCACGAACAUCAGUUGAGCAUGAAAGGUAAAGCCAUGGAGCGAGUAGAAGACACAUUUUCGAGGAUGGAAAUGCAGAGGAAGCGCCACCACGAGCGCCGGUUGAACUUUAAAGCCGACGUCGCAGAGAGGCAAGAAAACACGUUUUUGAGGACCGAUGCGCAGAAGGAGUGGGAAUUUCCCUUCCAAAGAUCCGUUAUUCGAAAUACACCAAAGAGGUGUUCCAGUCCUCUUGAUCACUGGGAUUCCACACAGGAACAUCAAAAGGUCCUCCAGGACGAAAAGGGCAAACCUUUACCUAAUAUUAAAGUUGAAGUGACGGAGAGUGACGAUGAGAUGUAUUUGUGGAGAGACCCGAUGUGUAAAGAAGAGGACGUUUCCACAGAUGGGUCCAACAACAGGAACACACCGGAGAGAUGUCGAAGCCCUCUUUACUCCUGGGAUUCUCCCCUGGAAAAUCACAAGAACUUAUCAAAAUAUCAGGAAGAAAGGUUGUCUCAGUAUCAAGCUGGAGGUAGAGGAGCACCAGAGAAGAUGUAUGGUAGGGGUGUGGAACAGCGUAAAGAGGGAAUUCCUUCAGAGAUUGGCUCGGAUGGAAGAUACACGGGGUACAAUAUGGAUAAAUGUCCCAUGAUCUUUCCAGACAGUGAAAUGGAAGAUGAUGUCACAAGAGAUUCUUUAGAAGAAGCGGGCAUUGAUGCAAAUCUCUAUUCAAUACCUCACGGUGUGGGUCAAUCAUCUGGUCCCUCUACCCUUGCGGGGAGCUUACUUGGUCACUUACCUCCAGUCCCCAAUCGUACAUAUCGAAGAAGGGGUGAAACGUUUAUGUGCUUCGAGUGCGGCGAAUGUUUUACGGCCAAAGCAAAACUUUUCAAACACCAGCGAGAUCACAUAGUGGACAAACCACACUCCUGCCCCGAUUGCGGGAAAUGCUUUGUUGAAAAGUCGCACCUCGUCAAUCACCAGAGGAGUCACUCGGUGGAAAAGCCCUAUUCCUGUUCCAUAUGCGGAAAAUGUUUCGGAGAAAAGGGGCAUCUGGCCAAUCACGAGAAGAGCCACGCCAACGAGAAGGAGUUUUUCUGCUACGAGUGUGGCAAAUGUUUCACUCAGAGGGGACACUUCAACAGACACCAAAGACUUCAUACAGGGGAGAAGCCAUAUCCAUGUCCUGAAUGCGGGAAGUGUUUUCCACAUCGAGAAUAUCUCAUUAGGCACCAGAGGGUCCAUGCGGGGCAGAAGCCGUUUCCAUGCGCGGAGUGUGGGAAAUGUUUCACUGACAAGUACGAUCUUGCCAAACAUGAGAGAAUUCACAGCGGUCAUCGGCCAUACUCAUGCCCCGAGUGUGGGAGAGGCUUUACGCAAAAAUCAAACCUGGCUAGGCAUGUUAGAGUCCAUGCGGACUACAGCCGUAUUCACGUUCUGACUGUGGAAAACGGCUCACUAGAAGAGCCUUCCUCAUCUACUAUCUCCGUCCCCACGAAAGACGAGACGUUCCUGUAUCAGGAUAUGACUUCUGAGUAAGAGUACGUUCACUUUAGCUGUUCCUUCUAUAUCUGAAGGGGAAAGAAAACUCAGCUCUAUGUAGGUUGCCCCUUUUUUUUUUUCUUCCCUUUGAACAUUAUUACAAUGCAGCGUUGACACGGCUGUCCCUCUUACUAACAUUGUGUCCAUUAGAAAUCAGGUGAUCAUUUUCAUGCCCUCUUUUCUCUGGGAAUCUGGUGGGCUCAAUCACCUGGGAGUUGGUUACAUUAUACGGACAGAAUUAUGUGGAAAUCCCUCUAAAGGAUUGAGUUCCAGUGAAGGGUACUAUAGUGCUACAGAAAUUUCCAACGGUUUGGAGAAGCCCCCUUUCUGUUGUGACAUCACUGUGCCCUCCGUGUACAAAGCCAGCCCCAAUAAAGACAUGGUUUGACCAUGGUGCUAGAUUAUGAACGCUGCUUAAGCUGGAGAAGCCAUACUCCUGCAGUCACCAGGGAGAAAGGGUGGCAAAUGUGCUCAUCUGAAGCAAUGCAUGUAUAAAAUCAAAGAAGCACCCCACUCCCAUCCAGCCAACUUAAUGUAGACUUGAAAACGGCCUCAGCCCGUGAGUUUCUGCCAAAGCCACACCCCCCUGACGUGUUUCACUACUCCUACUAUGAUUAAGUCCAGUGGGUGGGGCAAAACAUGUCGGGGGACGUGGCUUUGGCAGAGACUCGUGGGCUGAGGCUGUUUUGAAGUCUAAGCUAAGUUGGCUGGACGGAAUGCAGCGCUUUCUUGAUUUUAAGCAUGGUUUGACCAAGUUUGCUCUACAGGAACUUGAGUGGCCUAAGCAGAGCUCUGGCCUCAACCCUACACAUUUAGAUUGAAUUGGAAUGCUGACUGUAAGCCUGAUUUUUUUUUUUUUUUGUACCCAACCUCAUAAAUGCUUUUUCAGCAGAAUGGGUACAGAUUUCCAUAGACAUGUCGAAACUUUGUGGAAAACCUUCGCAGAAGGGUAAAGACUGUUAAAGGUGGGGCAACGCUGUAAUAAAUGCAAUGGUUUUGGAAUGUGAAGCAACUCCGAUAAUAAAUGCAAUGGUUUUGGAA